UGAGUCAAAAGCGACAUAUUUUGAUCAUUUCAUGCACAAGCGUAUAAUAGCGAAUGGCAGGAUGAAAUCGUUACUAUCACAGGCUCCCGCCAGCUUGGCGCGCAGCGUGCCAUGCGCUGUCGCCUCCCAAGAACCGUCGCCGACGUAUAACAAGUGUCGCACGAUCGCAUGGCCGAGCCAGAACCGCCGCACGGUCGUCCUAGCUAGUCGCAGCACGAGCACAGGACGAGUUAGGGAAAGCAGCAAGACCACCACCACCAGAGCCGGCAGCAGCAGCAGCAGCGGUCACGCGAAAUCAGGGAAGAACAACCGGAAAGGGGGAGCUAAGGGCGCGGGAAAGUCGGCGGUGACUGGGGGAGGCUCUCCGGCAGGAGCGAGAAAGCAGGCCUCGUCACGAAGAGGCAGAGGAGAGGAGUCUACUGACGAUGAGGAGGGGGAGGAAGGAGAGAAAGAGGAAUUCUGGGGGAGAGGAGGGGGGGAAGGCAGCGAUAUGGAGGAUGAGGAUGAGGAUGAUGAUGGGGGGGACUCAGAGGAGGAAGCAGCGCUGAAGCUUCCCAUGCCGAGUCCCCCGGCGGGGUUUGUCCUGGACGACGAGGGCGAGGUGGUGCUGGCAGCGCCGGCAGAGAGAAGAACGCUGACUAUUCAUGACCCCAUUACCAACCGCUCGCUUGACUGCGUGAUCCGACGUGCCUUCUCCAACGCGCUCGGCGUUCCCUUCUUCCUCCUCCACCCCCUCGACACUCCGAUAAUGUUUUUCCGCAUCUCGGGGAGAACGGGUGAGCUACAGGAGGUGGACGAUGAAGAGGCGGAGAGGAUCAUGCCCGCUGCGGCUUAUGCGCUCGCCAAGAAGAGCCUGCACCUGACACCCUCGGGCUUCACACUCACCCUCAGGGGAGCAAUCUGCUUCACAGAAGAUGACGUCAUCAAUCUAGACACUGAGCUUGGGUUUGGCAUCGGGGGUUCACUCGCAGAAGGCGUUGACAUCACCACGUGCUCGUGUGGCGGUCAAGAAUACAUGAUCUACACGCCCUUUGACCCCCUCAUGUUCGUUGCGUACAGGGACCCCAAGACUAAUGAGAUUCUUGUGGCCGAAGAUCCUGAGCUUCUAAAUGAUCCCAAUGUGUUGGACGCUAUCGAUGAGGAGCAGCAGUUCCAAGCCAUGGUGGAGGCAGAGGAGGAGAUGGCAGCGACGCUGGAGCAGACAGCAAUGCAGGCAACACAGAAAAGCACGCAGAAAAGCAGGCAGCAGCAGCAGGCAUCUGCGAGCACCCGGAGAAACCGGUAGUUUGUUUCCUUUAUAAAAAAAACCCUGAGAUGGGUAUGGGGUAAACCCUGUUUUUUGUUUAGGUGCCUAGAACUUCUCACUGCCUUAAUCAGCGAGACGUGUAUUGGACAGGGUGAAAAUAGCAGCAGGUCGCAGCCAACUCCAGAUUGUUUCCAGGUUUUAGCUCCAUGACAGAACUUCUCACUGCCAUAACCAGCAAGACGUGUAUUGGACAGCGGUGGUGGUGUUUGCCAGGCAGAGUAUUACCAUUGCAGCAAAUCCUUACGGACUAUACUGGAUUGUGCCUUAGAGGGUACAACCCCUAGUCUAUAUACCCCUGUAUCCUUCUAUUCUACUCAA